GAAGUAGCGUCAGACCAGCAGCAUGAUGGGAUAUGAGAGUCCUCCGGCGGCGCGCUGCCGCCAUGUCACCCAGAGAGAAACAUUUAGCGCUUCUCUCUGCUUUAGGCCUUCUUAGUUUCGCUCUUUAUUGUAUUCCUACUUUUCUUUACGCCACUUUAAUUCUCGCAGUCUGUUGUUGUGUGUGUUACUAUCACAGCGGAGAACCGCUUCCCGCCAGGUUAGGCCUCAAUCCGCGGGCUGGGUUUACCGUCCCAGCCGUGCUCCGGCGCUGGUUGGGCGGUUGGGGGGAAACCGGCGUGUCGGUCGCUGCGCGGGGGAGACCGAAGAGCGGCAGGAACAAAACCGAGCACCGGGAGUCGGAGGGACACUUCAGAGAAAGGUUCCCCGAAACUGGGAUUUAUCGGCGGGAGACUUUAGCAAGUGACUCAUUUCUCUUCAGCCCGCGGGAUUUCCUCAUGGGGAGCUACAUCGGGAAACCCGAGAGUCCAACGGCCGACACAGGGAGGCCGAGGGCGGCGAGGAACCCCCGGGAGCAGCUCCGGGAGAAACUGUCCAGACCCAACCAUGCCGUGUACACCCCGAACCGGAGGCUGUCGUUCGCUGGGGAGCCGUUGGGCGCGGCGGGCAGGUUCACCAUCACCCCCCAGCGUCACUACCCCCUGCAGCAGCCGGGCGUCUCGUCAGUGGGAGUGCUGCCUCCCGUCAAGUGGGACGGCUUCAGGAAGAAAAACAUCCUCAGCCCCCGUAACUCCCCCGCCGCCCUCAGCCCGGUCACCGUGAAGAUCGCCAGACCCGACCAUCACAGCACCCCCAGUUCGGACCAUCUGAGUUGCGCAGGGCUCCUCAGGGCCCCCGCGGACCCCUGCUCCAGAGAAAGUGUCCUCAAGGUGUUGAAGGAAAGCCGCAAGAGAGAAGUGGAGGAUGAGGACAGAAGCUUCACAGCCGAGCAGAGGAGCAAAAGAAGGCGUAACGAAAGCGGUGGAAGUGCGCACUCUGCGUUUGGGCCUCUUUUGCCCAAUGGAACGCCCUCACAGUUGGUCCCUAAGCCAGGAAGCCUGAAAAGAGGGAUGACCUCGCUGGCGGAGGACUCCAUCAUGAAGAGGUCUCGCACCUCCUCCAUCAGCUCUGGCAGUGGGGUCCAUGCCCCGAGAGGAACCCCAGGCACCAGGAGAAACCCUAUCUACAGCUCCUACAGCUCUUCACUCGGCCUCAGCCAGUGGAAGAAACGGUCCGCACCCAGCUCCCCUCUGUCCAGCCCCGGGUCGUCCCGCUCUCAGACUCCAGAGGGAGCCUCCAAAAGAGCAAAGGAGGACGACGGGCAGUCUCCCAGCUCAGCAUCCUCAGUGAGGUCAGACCAGACGGCCUCCGACAAGGCUCCAGUGACUUCCAAACUGACUCCAGUCCCGAAGGUCCCGGUCACUCCCUCAGCAGCCUCUACUGCUAGUGGUGGGAAGAGGAAGCGUAAGAUCCAGCUGGUGUCGAGCCACAGGGACGAUCACAUCUCCCUGCCCCCCCCUCCAGAGCUGGGCUACACGAUCACUGUGAAAGACCUAGACGAAGAGAAAAAGGCUGCCAUCAGCAAGAUCCAGAAGGUCCUGGAGACACCUGCUCCAGAGCCAGAGAAGUUGGUCUCUCCCCCAGCCAUCACUUCCACCCAGCCUGCCUCCUCUACCAGCUCCACCACCACCCUGAGCAGCCUUCUGGCAGCUCCUCUGCACACAGUCUCCAGCUCCGCCAUCCCAGUCAUCAACCUGGAUCCCAGCCCGGGCAGCAGCGUCAGCACAGCACCUGCAGCCUCCAACCCGCUGCUGGAGGCUCUGAAAAUGAAGAUCAACGUUCCCGCUAGCUCCACAUCUGCUGCCAACACAGUUACAGUGUCUGCGUCGACCACACUGGUACAACCCAGCGGCUUAAGCCUGAAGGUUUCGACUACAAUGUCCCCGCAGCUCCCCCCUUCCUCCCAGUCUCAGUCCUCCUCCGCUGGUCUGGAGCAGCCCUCUGCCUUCACUCAGGUUCUGGGUCAGGUCUCCAAGGCUUCCAGCACUCCACCUGUAACAGGACCAACACUGUUCGGACUGGCGAGCCAGAUCAGCACCCCCAUUGCUUCCUCUGCCUCCAACCCGGUCACUGCUACCGCCGCCGCCCCGGCCAGCAGCUUGGCGGCCAGCAGCUUGGCGUCCAUCAGUAACACCAACCCUCUGCUGGCUUCAGGGUUCAAGCCCAUCUUUUCCGUUACCACCACCUCCUCGGCUGCAUCGACCCCAGAGAGCAAACCUCCUGUCCAGAGUUUCAAGCCCAUCUUUGGAGGCACCACUGUAGCUUCUGGCUUUGGACCGCCUCCAGCUUACACAAGCACCAACCCCGCAUCUACAGUGUCUUCAAGCAGUGCAGCCUCAAUGUUUGGUGGAUUAACAAGCAGCACCACAGUUGCUCCAUCUGUGUUCCCGAGCAUGACCAACACAGCCUCCUCCACCGGCUCCAUCACCACCACACAGCCUGCAGCCCAGCCAGCUGUGAAAUCCCAGUUCGGAAACUGGUCAGCACCAUCCACAACCAGUACCAGCUCAGCCCCCGCAGCGCAGGCCCCCAAUACAGGCAGCACAUUUCAGUUUGGAGCUGCUGCUACCACCACGACUGCAGCAGCUGCAGCCGCCUCCGCUGCUGCUGCCACCACAACCUCCAGUAACAGCACCUUCUCGUUUGGUGCCACGCAGCCGGACCCCCAAGCUGCCAACCAGAAGGUAUUCGCCUUCGGGCAAGCGGCACCCAGCCAGAACACAACCACUGCUUCGUUUGGAGGCUUUCCCAUGGCCAGCACCGCCUCCACCACUGCUGCCGCCACCACCCAGUCCACCUUCGCCUUCGGAAAGUCGUCAUUUCAAGCACCGGCUGCGCAGUCGACCUUCGGCUCCUCGGCGGCACCGGCUGCGCAGUCGACCUUCGGCUCCUCGGCGGCACCGGCUGCGCAGUCGACCUUCGGCUCCUCGGCGGCAGCGGCUGUGCAGUCGACCUUCGGCUCCUCUGCGGCAGCGGCUGUGCAGUCGACCUUCGGCUCCUCGGCGGCACCGUCGACGCAGUCGACCUUCGGCUCCUCGGCGGCACCGGCGACGCAGUCGACCUUCGGCUCCUCGGCGGCACCGGCGACGCAGUCGACCUUCGGCUCCUCGGCGGCACCGGCGACGCAGUCGACCUUCGGCUCCUCGGCGGCACCGGCACCGCAGUCGACCUUCGGUUCCUCUGCGGCACCGGCAGCGCAGUCGACCUUCGGUUCCUCUGCGGCACCGGCGCCCAAACCAUUCACCUUUGGAAGCGCAGGAGCGACAUCCGCACCUGCCUCUAACACCGCCCCACCCCCUUUCCCCUUCGGGGCGACAGCUGUCACCACGGCAGCCAGCUUCGGGACCCCAGCUAAACCAGCAUUUGGAGCCAGCUCCACUGGUUUUGCUUUCGGUGGCACCACCGCUCCCUCAGCCGCACCCUCGGCCCCACCGAGCUUCGGUGCAGCAACCCAGACUCAGAGCUCCGCCUCAGCCACCUUCUCGUUUGGCAAUGCUGCUCCUCAGCAGGCUCCCUCCGGCCCUGCUCAGCCAGCGCCCGGUGGGUUUAACUUCAAUGCUGGUAUGCCAUGCCCCCAGUUUGGAACACCGGUCUCCAAUAAUCCUGCACCGCAGAUGGGAAGCUUCAACUUUGGGGCUGCUGCUACUGACAAACCAGCUUUUGGGACGUCGACCCCAUCCUUCGGCCAGAGUGCUGCUGCAGGUCCAAUUCCCUUUGGAAGUCCUGGAACUCCGGUCCAAGGCUUCAACGCUGUUCCUUUCGGGUCUCCAGCGACGCCCUCCUUCUCCAUCGGAGCCGGAUCAAAGCCAUCCCGCCAGAGGCUGCAGGCGCGACGGCAACACAACCGGAAGAAGUAACCUGCCACACGUGUCCAGCACCGCUUUCAGAGGACUUGAGCUGUUGCUGCUAUGGCUAAUCUGGCUAACAUUGCUCUGUUCUAAAGCCCAACAUCCCCCCCCAACCAGGCCGCCACCACCACGCCCUCUGCCUC